AGUUCUUGAAACAAUAAAUAUCAUAAAUAUCUUGAUGGUAUAAAUUCGUGGUUUGAGUUGUUUUGUUGGUUAUUAAUUUUUGACCUACCGACGAACACAGUUUUUAUUUUGUUAUUAACAUGAAAUACAAAGUUUUAUGUAUUUGCCUUGUGGUUUUAUUUAAUAUAAAACCAGGGAAAUGUGCUACAGGAGAUGUCAGCUUCAUAAUUUUUUCAGAUAAUGAAAACAAAGGACAUUUAAUAGAAAAACGGGAUGUCGAGCAGAAACCGCCAAUUAUUUACGAGAUGAAUGUCAACUCAAACGUUUCUAAUCGUUUUGCGACGACAGUCAUCGAAAGCAAAGUCAAGAAUGCAUACGCUGUACCCCGAGAAGCUGUCUUUUCUGUAAUUCUUCCAGAACAAGCAUUUAUUUCUGAGUUCGUAAUGAUAAUAGGCGGAAAAAGUUACAAGGCGUAUGUCAAAGGAAAGGAAGAAGCUAAAAAUAUUUAUGACAAGGCUGUAUCUAGUGGUCAAAGUGCAGCGCAUGUAGCUGUAAGUGCAAGAGAUUCGCAUAGGUUUACAGUGUCUGUAAAUGUAGAACCUGAAGCCAAAGCUACAUUUUUGUUGACCUAUGAAGAAUUACUAGAAAGAAGAAAUAACCAGUACGAACUGGUAUUAAAUAUCAACCCCGGACAAAUUGUGAAAGAUUUAAAUGUGAAGGUUAACAUCAGCGAGAGCAGACCACUAGUAUUUGUAAAAACUCCAGCUUUACGUUCUGGUAACGAGGUUAGUAAAAACGAAGAUAAAUUAUCACCCUCUGCAAACAUAGAAAAGAUAAGUCCCACAAAUUCAAUUAUUACAUUCCAACCAGAUGUUGAAAAACAAAAGGAAUAUGGAAAGGAAUUAGUAGGUAAAGAAACAGAUGGACUUACUGGACAGUUUAUCGUUCAAUAUGAAGUUGAAAGAGAUCCAUCCGGAGGAGAGAUCCUAUUAAAAGACGGCUAUUUUAUUCAUUUCUUCGCACCAAAAGAUAUAGAAUCUCUACCCAAAAACGUGUACUUUAUUUUGGACACGAGUGGAAGUAUGGUUGGAAUUAAAAUACAACAACUAAGGAAUGCCAUGAACAGUAUUUUAGAUGAAAUUAAACCAGAAGAUACGCUUAACAUUGUAGAGUUUAAUAGUGAAACUUUUGUAUGGAAUAUUGAAGCUGAAACAUCCGUAAAAGUCAAGUUUAGUAAUUAUACUCAUCCUUACGAACAACUUAAGGAAAAUGACAUGCCUGGACCUCUUCCUGCUUCACAACCAAAUAUUGCCAAAGCAAAGAAACUUGUUUCUAAUAUGGUCGCAACAGGAGGAACUUAUAUGAUUGGUGGGUUAGAAACUGCUCUCUAUCUUAUUAAAUCUGAGAUGGAGAGAUCAGUAGGCACUGACAAUAAAAGACAGCCGAUUGUAAUCUUUUUGACGGAUGGACAACCAAAUAUAGGUUUAUAUUCUACAGAUGAAAUUACCAAACAAGUAACACAUUUGAAUUCGGAUGGUAUUAAUGUGCCCAUUUUCUCGCUGUCGUUUGGACAAGGAGCGGACAAAGCCUUUUUAAGAAAGCUUUCACUCGAAAAUUCUGGAUUUUCGCGACACAUUUAUGAUGCAAGCGAUGCUGCUCUACAGUUGCACGACUUUUAUAAAAUAAUAUCAUCACCUCUAAUGACCAACAUCAACUUUAAAUAUGACACGGAAGCCAAGGAACUGACUAAAAUCCACUAUCCUAUCUACUUCAGAGGAAACGAAAUUGCUAUUGCUGGAAAGUAUACAGGUAACAAACUAACUGCUGAAGUAAACGCUUUAGGCAGAAGAGGGCCCAUUAGGUUAUUACCAAAAAUAGAAGAACCCGUUACAUCUUUGGAGAGAUUGUGGGCUUAUCUGACCAUUAAACAAACUCUUGAAAAAAGGGAAGUAGCCGAAAAUAAGGAUGAGUUGACCAAAAAAGCUCUAGAAUUAGCUCUUAAGUAUUCUUUUGUGACUGAGGUUACCUCACUAGUUGUUGUGAAACCCAACGCAACUAAUGCUGUUAAUACUGAAGAAGCAUCUCAAUCAAAUAGAGGAGGGUCAGUAAUAGCUUAUAACAAAAUGGCUAGAAGACCUGCCAUUGGUCAUUCAUAUAAUUUAGCGUCUGCCUCGUUUGCACCCUUGGCCCACAGGACCUCAGUAAAGUAUGCUACACGACCUUCACCUUGGCAUGUUUCUGAGCAUAGUCGUGCUCCAACGUCAACUAUUCCUUAUGUAAAACCUAAAAUUGAGGAUAAAUUACCUUGGCUAGCAACAGCUAUGAAUUCCAACAGGACAAUUACUUUACCAGAUGGUGUUUUUGAACUGGGAGAUAGCAACCUUGUUAAUUAUGCUCACGGUGCUUGUCCAAAAACCCCACAAGGGGUUGAAGGUGAAUGUGUAUUAAUCAAAGAUUGCCCGACCGUUUUACCUUAUUUGACUGACUUAGCAGCAUACACGAAAUACUUUUGUCCAGUAGAAUCAAAGUAUGCUGGCGUGUGCUGUCCUAAAGUAUUAAAACCUUCUGCUACGGGGUUAUAAUAAAUUUUUGUAAUUAGUAUUGUUAAAUAAAAAUUAUAUUUUUAUAUUAAAACAUAUUAUUAAUUAAAAUAUUUUACUAUACCUGGAUAUGAUUUCCG